AUGGCUGUGGUGGAUGCUGCCUCGAAGACUCAAGGCGGGUUCCAUGCAGGGAGUGGCCUACGGACGGGCUCCCUCUUCUUCCCGGGGGGCAACGCCACCUACCAAGGGGAGCAGGUGGCCGUUCUGCACAAGUACAACAACGAAACGGAGUGGCAGCAGAACAUCGACACGGUCAUGGACUGGUUCCUGAAGGACGGGCUCGACUUUGUCACUCUCUACUUUGGGGAGCCAGACUCCACGGGACACAAGUACGGCCCCGAAUCCCCCGAGAGGAGAGCCAUGGUCAGCCAGGUGGAUCGAACGGUCGGCUACCUCAGGAGACGCAUCCAGGAGCAUGGCCUGGAGGCGACGCUCAACCUGAUCAUCACAGCUGACCACGGGAUGGAAACGGUCAUAAAGACGAACGAAAUCCACCUCCUCAAGGUGCAGAACUUCUCCUUCAAGGACAUCCAGUUCGAACUCUUGGACUAUGGCCCCAACGGGCUGCUGGUGCCAAAAGAAGGGAAACUAGAACAGGUGUACCAGGCCCUGAAAAACGCCCACCCCAAGCUCCACGUCUACAAGAAGGAAGAGUUCCCCAAGAGACUCCGCUACGCCAACAACACCAGGCUCACGCCCCUCAUGAUGUACAGUGACCCCGGAUACGUGAUCCAUGGGAGGCUCAAAGUCCAGUUUAACAAGGGGGAGCACGGCUUCGACAACGCCAUGAUGAACAUGAAGACCAUCUUCCGGGCCGUGGGACCCGCCUUCCAGAAGGGGCUGGAGGUGGCGCCGUUUGAGAGCGUGAACGUCUACGCCCUCCUCUGUCACCUGCUGGGGAUCACGCCGGAGCCGCACGACGGGUCCCUGGAAGUCAUGCAGCCCAUGCUGGCUGGUGACUCCCAGCCUGGGGCAGAGUCUGGGGCUCUCCCCCCUCGCCCCGGGAAGCUGCAGCUGGUGGUGGGAGCCGCCCUGGUGCUGGGACUCCGGCUUGGGAUUUACUGACGCCCUGCUGGGGAGAGCGAGCUCCCUGCAGCCCUGGAAGAACAGCCCCGUGUCCCGCGCAGGGGCGGACCCGCUUGGGAAGCCAGCCAGGCCCAGGCGCACCGCAGCCUGUGGAGCGACUCAGAGACCUGCCGCAGGACCGGGACC